GAAGAGUGCGGAAAAGAUAUGUUUGAUUCUCUCGCGGUCAUGAUGUACGAUCUUGUCGAUUUUCACCGUCAGUGGGCCAACUAUAUGAACAAAAUGCGAGUUAUUCAACUUCCAGCCUACCUGAAAAAGUUGAUGCCAAACGAUGGAACGCAGCUAGGCAGCGAGGGCAGUCAGGCGAUUGUUCCUUCGCCCAGAUCUGGUAAGAUGUCUGAAUCAUGA